AGUUGAAAUGCAGUUGACGUUUACACUUUUGGUUUCUCUGCUGACCUUUUUGGACUCGGCGCACAGCACAGACUACUGUAACCCCGAUUUAUGUCCUCAUGGAACGAAUAUUGCCUGUGACAAUGAUGGGCAAUUCUCUUCAAGUUGCAUAAAUCCGAGAAUGGUAGAACUAACAGCCGCGCAAAAGGAAACUUUAGUCAAUAUGCACAAUGAAAAACGGAACACUGUGGCCGGUGGUAACACAAUGUUGAAGCCAGCUUGUCGCAUGGCCACCAUGGAGUGGGACGACGAGUUGGCCUCUAUGGCGGCGUUUAACGUGAAACGUUGCGAAAUCGAGGACGACAGUUGUCGCAACACCGACACCUUUCGGCAUUCGGGUCAAAAUAUAGCAUGGAUGAAUUUCUAUGGAGACCCGAAUGUUACAAUCAUGUCGAAGCGUGCAAUUGAUUUGUGGUUUAAUGAAAUUAUGGACACCGAUCAGGCAUUUAUCAAUAAAUAUCCACGUCAUUACGGCGGCGACGCUAUUGGUCAGUUCACCGUUAUGGUGAUCGAUAGGAAUAUUCGUGUUGGCUGCGCUUCGAUCAUCUACAGACAGGAAGGCGAUGAUUUCGACGGUUUCCUAUUAACUUGUAACUAUGCAACGACGAAUGUUGUAAAUUUCCGCAUUUACAAAUCGUGUUCGGAACCAGCAGUUGAAUGUGAAACCGGUACAAACCCUGAUUUUCCAAAUCUUUGCUCCACAAGUGAAACAUACGAUCUCAAUAAAUUUGUAUAGACCAUGUGAGUUCAAAUAAAAUACUUGUACAAAAAGGGU